AGCCCCCAUCACAGCGACGCGAGCGGUUGCUUCCUCCGAAAAUCCUCAUCCUCUCCAUUGACCAGACGGCGGCGCAGGCGCAGGCGCUCACCUCCCUCCUCCUCCGCGGCAUCCCCAAUCGACCAGCUGGCUCCCCUGCCUCCUCCGCGAUUUUGAUCCUAAUCACCCAUGUCUGCUGAAGUCAGCGAGGAAUAUCCUUAUUUCCUCUCCUGCUACUUCUGGUUCAUAUAUUGCAUAAAAUUCCGAGAUUUCACUUGAUACAAGUGGAUCACCUGGAGUUUUGUGCUAAUACUUCCUAUCAUGUGAAUCAGUUGUAGUUAGCAUAAUUGGCAAGACUCAAGUUUUCUCUCAUCUGGGUUCAGAAACAUUUGUCGGUUGAGUGCUCGAUCUAAACUCUGCUUGAGUCUUGCCGAAGAUUGUUUCUCAACAAUCACGUCUUCUGUUCUCUCUGAGGUUGGACCAAUCUCCCUUUUGGUCUGAUCAACCUCCUGAUCUCCCUUAAGUGAACCGUCCUGCUGUGUUCACGCAAUACAAUCUUCUGAAGUCCUCUCUUGUUCCUUCUGUGCUCAAACAUCAAAAGCAGCUCUCUCCUAAGUUCUCUUGAUUGUUUGUGCUCCUAAAUUCUGUUGUUUGAGCACUCAAACAUUUCCCUUACUGGUCAAUCUUAGAUCACUUGUUGAUUAUUGGUAUUGGCAUUAUUUGGUGAAGCAUUUCUGCUUGUACCUUAAACAAAGGUCUCUGUUGUCUUAUUGGUGCUGAAGGCAAGAUAUACACUGCAGUGAUGGCUCAAACUUGCUUGCCACCUGGCUUUCGUUUUCAUCCAACAGAUGUUGAACUUGUUUCAUACUAUUUGAAAAGGAAGAUUAUGGGAAAGAAGCCUCUUAUUCAAGCUAUAUCAGAUGUUGAACUGUAUAAAUUUGCUCCCUGGGAUCUUCCUGCUCAAUCCUGUCUCCAGAGCAGAGAUCUUGAAUGGUUCUUCUUUUGCCCACGAGACAAGAAAUAUCCUAAUGGGUCUAGGACAAAUCGUUCCACACCAAAUGGUUACUGGAAAACAAGUGGGAAAGAUAGAACGAUUGAGCUUAACUCUCGCAUUGUUGGGUCAAAGAAAACACUGAUUUUUCAUGAAGGCAAAGCACCUAAAGGCAACAGGACUGAUUGGGUGAUGUACGAAUACAAAAUGGAAGACAAUCAAUUGGUCUCUGCUGGUUUCUCAAAGGAUGAUUUUGUCCUCUGCAAAAUUUUCAAGAAAAGUGGCCUUGGUCCAAGGAUUGGGGAGCAAUAUGGGGCUCCAUUUAAUGAAGAAGAAUGGGAGCAUGCAGAUGCUGAAAUGUUUCCCUUGCUGCCAAAUGUUGAAACUUCUGUGUUUCCAUUGCUGCCCUCUUCAGAGGUAGUAAAUUCUACUGAUGAUACACGUGUUCAGCCUUCUGUUGCUGCCAGAGCUAUUGAGGAACUACCUGUGCAGCAUUUACCUCAUGUAUGUGCUGGGAAUGGAUCAACAUAUCAAAAUAUUACUGUUACUGGUGAAAGUGCUCUCAUGGAACUGCCUUCCCAGCACUCUGUUGAAUCUAUUGGUGAUGAGGUAGUUUCUGUGGACAACUGUUCUAAUGUGGUCAAUAAUGCAGACAGUCCUGUAAUUGAGGGGCUUGUAUUGGAGGAACUUUCUAGGUUUUUAACUGAUUCUCCUCAUCAUGGCAACCCUGUUGGGGAGCACUCUGGUCUCCCACCAAUGUCUGAGGCUGAAGCUCAUGCUUUUGAGGUUAGCACAAAUGAUCUGUACAAUGAAAUUGCAGGGCUUGCUGAAUUGGGUGUGCCAAAUGGUGAUGGAUUUUCUCCGUCCAAUGCUGGUGUUACUGAACAACAGCCCACAUACUUUGGAGUUCCUAACAGUGAAAAUUAUGUAAAUAUGGAUGAUAUCUUUGCUCCAGACACAAGAUUAUCCUAUGCAUAUCCUUUGCCAAACAACCAAUUUUGGCAUUAUCCCAUGGAUCAGUUCACAUACAGUACUACUCUAUCUGCUGCCUUUCCAUCUGGUGACUCGCGUCCAACUAUGCGCAUUGUUGAUGAUUUACCUGCUGCUGCUAAUAACGGUGGCUUUGCUUCAAAACCCAGCAUGCAGUUCCCACUGUCAUAACUAAGUCCAGAACCGUUCUAGAGGACUCUGAUACUGAUGACCUAGUGGGAUUCCAUAUGCUGGCAGUACUGCGCAACAGAUGUGUCUUCAUGGCCACCUGCUGCCGCUCCGAGCUAAGCCAAACCUCGCUGAAUCUUUCUCGUGGACUGUUGCUGGAUUUACCAGUGCUCGAACUGGUGGUCACUGCAAGCAUUGUGAGGCCAACAAUGUACAUUGUUUUGAAGGUUUGGCCUAGUUCUCGAUGGCGAUGCUCUAUGAUCCGAACUUGUCUAGCCUGGCGCGCUACUGAGGAUCAGAUAUUCGCUUUGUGUUACCUUAUUUACUUGCUGCUGAAUAAAGUUUGUUUAUCAAACUAGUGUAUAUUGUGUUAUGACUGCACUUAAACCUUAUGUAAGUUUGCAUGGUUUGGCCUACUAUUUACUUGCUAUUAAUCUUCUCCUAA